AUGCAUCAAACGCGUUCGAGUACUUAUGAGCAGAGCGGAGCUGCCUCCGCCAGAGCGGCGGCGUCGACCGCUCCAAUUGGGACCGGGCCCUUCCUUGGGCCAGCAACCCGCCAUUUUCUAUUCCACUCGAAUCUGCACUCUUCGCGCGAUGUCUUAGAGACGUGGGGUUAUUGCAUCGAUUUGGAACCAUGGUCGAAUAUCAACAAUGCAUACGUCUCCGGAAUGAAGGAGGACCUAAAACUCUUUGGCAACGAGCUCAACUACUUCUGGCUUUCUGGCUUGGAGAUUAUGUGGGGCAUUCUCACGGGUCUCAUUGCCACAACCCAGAAUGCACGUCAGAUUUACGUUAUACGGGCUUUCCUUGGUCUCUGUGACCUUCAACGCUCGUCAGGACCUGAUGAUGGUGCCUCUGGGCGUGAAAGUACGCCCAUCUCGGGUACGCAAAUUGACCUCUCUAUCAGUGCAUUAGUAUACGCCUUUCGAGCUUGCCAACGAAUGGGGUUUUAUCACUCCUGCCAAGCGAUGGGAAGCAUGGUGUCUGGUGCCAUUCAAGCGGCGAUCAGCAGUACGCUGGAAGGUCACAGUGGCCUUGCGGGCUGGAGCAUCCCACAAGACCCUGAAGCACGAUCACUCAUUGUGGGCGUCGCUAUCACUGGGGACUAUGCUAUUGCUGCGUGGUCCAAUUUUCUGAUGUGGCCCGCGAAACAAGCGCCUUACUAUCAAUAUGGCUGGGAAUCCGCGAUGGCCCUCCUAUUUACAGCCAUCAUCAUGACUUGCUUACUCCGGUUCAUUGAUGUGCGCUACUUACGAAAGCAAAGACUGGAAUUUGUGACAACGUUGGAGGGACAAAUUAGAGUGGAGACCGAGAUUUGGGUAUCUGUUCUGGUCCGAAAUAAUCUGUCGCACAUGGCCCUCAUACUCAGCCAAUGUGAGCAGCAGGACGAGAUCACUGCCCGACACCUGGAAUUGAGUCCGUAG